UUCCUCACAGGAAAUGAGAAUCAAAAUUCAAUUCUUCAAUGAUCAAUAUUUUGAUUUGGGCCUUCUUUCUCUUGUCUUGUGGGUUACAACUCCUAAUUUUUGUCCCGGCCUUGCUUCAAAAAAAUCAUCAAAAUUGAGCUCCUUUAGUUUCUGUAUAAUAUAUUUCCAAGCAGGUCUUUGCCGACCUUGUAAUUGCUUGGACUUUCAAGUAGAUCUUAGAGAGCUGACAAUAACUUGUAACUAUGAACUAGAAGCAUAUUGCAUGACCACUUAACUCGGAGCAGAAGCCAUGUCCCCCAAAACCCAUAAUUGGUGGGAACUUGAAAAUAUUUAAAAAUCAGAUUUUCUAAAUCUGAUCAAAUUUUAUGGUCAAAUAAAUUUUGAAAAUCUACUCUCAGUGACCAUAAGUAUUUUUCUGAAAGUUUUUCUUCUUUUCUUUUUAAAACCUUUUCCUUUUUUUCCUUUUUUGACUUUUUGCCACUACUAUACAAACAAUCAUGGAUUCUAUUAACAUUAUGAAAACUUCAAUGGGCCAAAUGUGAAUUUUGCUUCACCUUAUAAACAAACUUGUGUAUACACCUCAGAAGUCACGCCCAUCCCCUUUUCUCUCUCUCUCUCUCUCUCUCUUUUUCCCCCAAAUGAGCUUUUCCCCAAUUUAAGCUCUUGAAGAAUUCCUCAUACACAAAAAAAUUUAUCUCGCGUAUGGCCUUUCACACAGCAUGCCCAUUUACCUGUCGAAAGAUCUGCUUCUGCCCAGAUGGGUUUCCAAAGGGUAAAAAUGAGUUCUUCAGCGAUGUGACUAAACUUGAGGAGUUUCUCAAGGACCCAUGGGGUCUUAAGGCCAAACAACCUGCCACAAUUCAGGUUAAAGUGCCCAAGCUUAAUGUUGCUCUGCCCCCACAAGCGCCUGUAGGUGAUGGGGGUGGCGGAAGCAGCGGGGAUGGUGAGGAGGCGGCUGCUAUUGGUUCAGCUAAGACUAAGCGUGUUGCUUUGCAGAAGAAAACUGCUGCAGCAUCUAUGGUGGCUGAUGAUUUUGCUAGACAAUUUGAGUCUGGAGAUGUGGAGGUUAGGAACCGCAGUUCUAAAAAACGCUAUGCUUUUCCAGUGAAAAUGAAGGAGGUGAAAGAACAAGGAAAAUGAUGUCAUGCAAAAGUUGCGGGAAGAUGUAUCACCG